CUGCGUCUCGCACUCGCCAGUCCAGCGGGAGGCGCUACACACAUUCGUUUGUUUGACAAACACCAGUAAACCUCAAAGGAAGAAGAAUUAGUUUCGCCGCGCUCUCUGUUGUUGUUUUGUCGACAUGCUCCUCCUCUAACAAACAGUUAGAAACGUUUCUUUUAAGAGAAGAAUACAGUUUCUUAAUCAGUUCAGUAAAUAGGCGUACCUGUAAUAUUUUCAUCUUCACAGUCGUCUAAGUUUUGAAACAUCAGGAAUAUCUGGAGGAGUAUCAGCUGAACUGAGAUCUGCUGCUGUGAAAAUGAUGUUUGUUAAAGAGGAGAGUGAACACGAGGAACCAGGAACAUGGGGAAUAAAACCAGAGGAACCAGGAACAUGGGGAAUAAAACCAGAGGAACCAGGCACCUGGAGAAUAAAACACAUGGAACAAGAAACCUGGGGAAUAAAAUAUGAGGAACCAGAAAAAUGCGGAAUAAAACUCGAGGAACCAGAAACCUGGAGAAUAGAACACGAGGAACCAGAAACCGUGAGAAUAAAACACGAGGAACCAGAAAUCUGGAUAAUAGAACACGAGGAACCAGAAACCUGGAGAAUAAAACAAGAGGAACCAGAAACCGUGAGAAUAAAACACGAGGAACCAGAAACCUGCAGAAUAAAACAAGAGGAACCAGAAACCGUGAGAAUAAAACACGAGGAACCAGAAACCGUGAGAAUAAAACACGAGGAACCAGAAACCUGGAGAAUAAAACAAGAGGAACCAGAAACCGUGAGAAUAAAACACGAGGAACCAGAAACCGUGAGAAUAAAACACGAGGAACCAGAAACCGUGAGAAUAAAACACGAGGAACCAGAAACCUGGAUAAUAGAACACGAGGAACCAGAAACCUGGAGAGUAAAACAAGAGGAACCAGAAACCUGCAGAAUAAAACACGAGGAACCAGAAACCUGCAGAAUAAAACACGAGGAACCAGAAACCUGGAGAACAAAACACGAGGAACCAGAAAGAGAGUUAAUUGAAGAAAAAGAGGAGAAUGAAGAAUCAAGUGAAGUUGAGGAGAAAAAUCAUGUGAAAACUGGAGGAAAACCUUUGGGUUUCUCUCAAAGCAAACAGAAAGAUUUAAAGAAAAAAAGAGCAAAGAAGUCCCUCCGCUGCACUCAGUGUGGAAAGAGAUUCACAGACAAAACAGGUUUUGAGAAUCACAUGAGAAUUCAUACUGGAGAGAAACCAUUCACUUGUGAUCAGUGUGGGAAGAGUUUCACACAAUCAUCAAACCUUAAUAUACACAUGAACAUCCACACUGCAGAGAAGAAGCACGCAUGUGAUCAAUGCGGUAAAAUGUUUUUAUGGGCUUCACUUCUGAAGAAACACUUGAAAGUUCAUGCAAAGGAGAAACCACAUCCAUGUUAUUUGUGUAGUAAGAGUUUUUUGCCUCUACAAAGUUUGAAAGUACAUCAGAAAAUACAUACUGAAAGAGUAUAUAUAAAAAGAAAUGAAAGGUUCCACACUGGAAAGAAACCUUAUAAGUGUUCACACUGUGACAAGAGAUUCAGUGAUAAAUCAAAUCUGAAAACACAUGAGAGGAUUCACACUGGAGAGAAACCUUAUAAGUGUUCACACUGUGACAAGAGAUUCAAUCAUUCAUCAUAUCUGAAAACACAUGAGAGGAUUCACACUGGAGAGAAACCUUAUAAGUGUUCUCACUGUGACAAGAGAUUCAAUUCUUCAUCAUAUUUGAAAACACAUGAGAGCAUUCACAGUGCAGAGAAACCUUACAAGUGUUCAAACUGUUACAAGAGAUUCAGUCAUCCAUCACAUCUGAAAACACAUGAGAGGAUUCACACUGGAGAGAAACUUUACAAGUGUUCACAUUGUGACAAGAGAUUCAGUAAAUUAUCAGGUCAGAAAAUACAUGAGAGGAUUCACACUGGAGAGAAACCAUAUAAGUGUGCACACUGUGACAAGAGAUUCAGUGAUUCAUCAUCUCUGAAAAGGCAUGAGAGGAUUCACACUGGAGAGAAACAUUAUAAGUGUGCACACUGUGACAAGACAUUCAAUGAUUCAUCAUCUCUGAAAACGCAUGAGAGGAUUCACACUGGAGAGAAACAUUAUAAGUGUGCACACUGUGACAAGACAUUCAAUGAUUCAUCUUCUCUGAAAACGCAUGAGAGGAUUCACACUGGAGAGAAACAUUAUAAGUGUGCACACUGUGACAAGACAUUCAAUGAUUCAUCAUCUCUGAAAACGCAUGAGAGGAUUCACAUUGGAGAGAAACAUAAGUGUGCACACUGUGACAAGACAUUCAAUGAUUCAUCAUCUCUGAUAAUGCAUGAGAGGAUUCACAUUGGAGAGAAACAUUAUAAGUGUGCACACUGUGACAAGACAUUCAAUGAUUCAUCAUCUCUGAAAACGCAUGAGAGGAUUCACAUUGGAGAGAAACAUAAGUGUGCACACUGUGACAAGACAUUCAAUGAUUCAUCAUCUCUGAUAAUGCAUGAGAGGAUUCACAUUGGAGAGAAACAUUAUAAGUGUGCACAUUGUGACAAGAGAUUCAAUGAUUCUUCAUCUCUGAAAACGCAUAAGAGGAUUCACAUUGGAGAGAAACAUUAUAAGUGUGCACAUUGUGACAAGACAUUCAAUGAUUCAUCAUCUCUGAUAAUGCAUGAGAGGAUUCACAUUGGAGAGAAACAUUAUAAGUGUGCACAUUGUGACAAGACAUUCAAUGAUUCUUCAUCUCUGAAAAUGCAUAACAAGAUCCACACUGUAGAGAAACCUUAUAAGUGUUCACACUGCGACAAGAGAUUCAUUCAAUCAUCAGGUCAGAAAAUACAUGAGAGGAUUCACACUGGAGAGAAACCUUACAAGUGUUCACACUGUGACAAGAGAUUCCGUGAUUCAUCAACUCUGAAAACACAUGAGAGGAUCCACACUGGAGAGAAACCUUAUAAGUGUUCACACUGUGACAAGAGAUUCAGUGAUUCAUCAUAUCUGAAAACACAUGAGAGGAUCCACACUGGAGAGAAACCUUAUAAGUGUUCACACUGUGACAAGAGAUUCAGUGAUUCAUCAUAUCUGAAAAAACACGAGAGGAUCCACACUGGAGAUAAACCUUACAAGUGUUCACACUGUGACAAGAGAUUCAGGGAUUCGACACAUCUGAAAACACAUGAGACGAUUCACAUGGAUGAAAUCAAAUAAGUAAAUGGACUGCAUUUAUAUAGCGCUUUCAACAGAUCCCAUGGCAAUCCAAAGCGCUUUACAAGUUGCCUCACAUUUACCCAUUCACUCACUCAAUCAUACACCGACUGCGGUGUCAGCCAUUCAAGGCACCAUCCAGCUCGCCGGGAGCAGCUGGGGUUAGGUGUCUUGCUCAAGGACACGUCGACAUUUGGUGGAACCAGAAACCUGCAGAAUAAAACACGAGGAGCCAGAAACCUGGAGAAUAAAACUAGAGGAACCAGAAACUUGGAGAAUAAAACGCGAGGAGCCAGAAACCUGCAGAAUAAAACACGAGGAGCCAGAAACCUGCAGAAUAAAACACGAGGAGCCAGAAACCUGCAGAAUAAAACACGAGGAGCCAGAAACCUGGAGAAUAAAACACGAGGAGCCAGAAACCUGGAGAAUAAAACUACAUGAACCAGAAACCUGCAGAAUAAAACACAAGGAGCCAGAAACCUGGAGAAUAAAACUAGAGGAACCAGAAACUUGGAGAAUAAAACGCGAGGAGCCAGAAACCUGCAGAAUAAAACACGAGGAGCCAGAAACCUGGAGAAUAAAACACGAGGAGCCAGAAACCUGGAGAAUAAAACACGAGGAGCCAGAAACCUGGAGAAUAAAACUACAGGAACCAGAAACUUGGAGAAUAAAACACGAGGAGCCAGAAACCUGCAGAAUAUAACACCAGGAACUAGAAACCUGUAGAAUAAAACACGAGGAGCCAGAGACCUGCAGAAUAAAACACGAGGAGCCAGAGACCUGCAGAAUAAAACACGAGGAGCCAGAGACCUGCAGAAUAAAACACGAGGAGCCAGAAACCUGCAGAAUAAAACCAGAGGAACCAGAUACUUUGACAAUAAAACUAGAGGAACCAGUAACCUUGAGAAUAAAACAAGAAGAAUCAGAAACCUGGAGAAUUAAACCAGAUUCCACAAGACACACACACACACACAAAUGUUUCUUUACACUCAUCAUGUAGGUCAUUACUAAGAUGUGUUUGAUAGGUUUGUGCGUUGCAUAACUGGUUAGCCCUGUUCUAAGAUGGUUAUGAUUUUCUGAUUUGUAACUUGGAGAUGUUUCUCCUAAUUAAUGUUAUCAAAUAGUCAUGGUUUUGUAACCCUACCUCUGACCAGGUCAUAAAACUUUAUGACCCAACUGGGAGAAACAGAAAAAGCCCAGCUCGCUAGGAAUUCUUGUAAGGAAAAAGGAAAGUAAAUGUAUUUUAAAUGUAUAAACUUCCUUUUUGUGCUUAGAUGUCUUCCCAUAUCCAAUUGGAGAAUCUGCAAUUUUAUUGUGUGUUAAUCAAACUUUAAAGGCCAUGUUGCAGGUUAACCACCACUUUCGAUUAAUGGGUACAUAAAUCACUCAAGAUAUGUAUACAUUUUUAAAAUGUCUCUUUAAGAUUUUGGUAUUAACGUUUUUUUUACGCAACUCGGUGAAGACGUCACGUUGGGGAGAAGUCGAGGAAAGGUAGCCUCAGUCUAGUAUGAUGCCGCGUUCCAGGCAACCCGUAACCCUUGUUUUUUCAACCUUAAACCCGUGAAAGUGCACUGGAAUGGCACUGUGAAUGGAAAACCUGUGACUUCCCACCCGUGAACUCGUGUCUCGUACUAGAUCGAUGUACUCCGAGUUCCGAGGUCACACAGCACGCGAAACAACGAUGACAACCCCUACGAAUAAUACUACAUACGGACGCAAUGUUUAUGCAAGUGGUACCUGUUGAAAAAAUGAUUUUAGGUCAAUGUAACGUUGCAAUAAAAUAAAUAAUCUAGUUACAAAGUCGUUAGUAGUGGUAUGAAAUAGUGAUUACGAGCUCAAAAACCUGCCUGGAACGCUGCAUCAGAACGUGACUGACUGUGAUGAGGAAGAGGUGGCAAGAGUCAACAUGUAUGAUGGCCCGCAGCCGUAUAAUUUCGAUCGAGCCAGCCUUGAGAGGGCAAAUGAGGAAUUGCCAGAAACUGCACUGAAAAUCUUGUGCUGUAGUGGAAGUGAGUGCGUUUGGGUCACUGUUGGUCGAUAUCUCUCUAUCUGUCUGUCUAUCUAUAUAUGUAGUCUAUCUAUCUAUAUAUAUCUAUGUAUUUAUCUAUUUAUCUAUAAUCUGUGCUAUCUGAAAACUCUCGUCUACUACUCGUCUCUCUCUAGUCACUCUCAAUGCUCUCAAGGCGUGCUUUGGUAAAUUCUCUCCCCAACGUGACGUGAUGCAAUGCAUUGUGGGGGAAAGGAGAACGCUGUAAGAUAGUACCUAUUUUUCCGUAUUAUAAUCCGUUUUGUGAUGCCCAAAAACAUAAAAUACAAUGGAUAACAGUUUAAAUGUUUAUUACCAACAAGCAAAUUGCACAAAUUCUUUCGAAAAAAAUUAACCUUGCAACACGGCCUUUAAAUGUGAGUUUUUCUGCAUAUGAAUGUAACUUUGUUUCUCCUACCUUUACCUGAAUUACCAUCUUGCUGGAAUAUAACUGCUAAACUCUGAAAACACCAUAAUGUACUCGAGUGGGUGUCUCCCCAGAGACAAAGGAACUUUUUCCCGCUUCAGAUCGUUGGGCGUUCAUUGGUUGUUCGUGCGAACAGAGGCGUGAAAUACUUAGUCUCGGAGCACUUCGUCUGAGAGAAUGUCUUGUUUCAUGGCUUCUUAGGGAGCUCUCAUCUCUGUUUUUCUUUUCUUUUCUUUACUAAGUUUUAUUCUCAUAUUCGCCUCUCCCUCCGCAAGGAACACGAAAUCUGAAUCAUUUCUUUGGUAACUUGAUGUUCGGUGAACCUUUAAAACUUUGUGCGAGUCUGCUCGCCCUGUAAGACAUGAGAGAACAUGCCCAGCUCCAAAAGAACGACACACGCACUCUCGUCUUGCGCAGUCACAAAGAGAACUACAUGCAAGUAUUAUUUUCUAUUGGGAUUUAAAUGUUGCUUAAAGUUGUCUAUUCCCUUUUUCAAGGUGAUCUGAUUCCUUGUCUUUCAAAAGGUUACUGUCUGUGAAUGGCGAUUCGAUGUAUUGUUAGUUCAAUUAUUAAAAUCCAAUAUAUAUUCCUGAUUGCUUCUGUCUAAAAUGCUCACAUCACGAUGUCAAUGAAAUGUUUGAUCUUAGCUACAAAGCUUAUUUGUUACUUUUCAGUAACCUAAAUUUUAGGACAGGAGAAUAGUUUCAAGGCCAGAAACUAUUUUCCCUGGAAUUAUAAGAAGAGAUAACUUUAAAAAAACUUUUGAAAAAGUUGAAAUUUCAUAAAUUGUACAUGGCUUUGUCCGUCUAGAAAAUGUUCGAAAUAUGCAUUCUGUGUGAACGGCUUGGUUUCAGUUUUGAUGUAAACAAGAUCCAAUCCACAUUGAUGUUCUCUUUUUUUCUACUGGCUUCAACUGAAUAGGCUAAUAUAAACCUAAAAUCAUCAUCGCUUCACAUGCGCCACUGAUAAAGGUCAACUAUACUUCCCCAUUAUGUCAUUUUCGUGAUCCGCGUACAGCCAAAUUUUUGAGACCGCGUGGAUGGUGCACGUAAGCGAGGUGAAUGAUGAAACAGAAGUGGUCCUGGAUGUCAAGCUGGUCCACCUUUGAAAGUUGCGUGGACACAGCUGUGCGCGAGACGGAACAGAACACAGAAUGUGACGUUUACCCGGGGCUUAAAAGGCAGCCUUCCUUAAUGCACACCUAAAAUUCAAAUGCAACGUUUUUUUCUUUCGAAUGUGGAUUUUUAUUUUAAAUUAGACGAACAUUUCAAUUCAAUUACUUUUUUUGACAGCCCUAGUCCGUACCAAGGUUAUUUUUGUAAACAAAAACUGAAACUAAGACUAAAACUAUCAGUUAAAAAACAUUUUCGUUAACCGAAAUAUAAUGUAAAAUUCAUAAUAAAUGAAAAACUAAAACUAAACGAAACUAGCAAAAGUUAUUCGUUUUUGUAUUCGUUUUCAUAAUAAGCUCUCAUCCCGUGGCGGAAAAUCUGUUGUGGUUUAGUUUAAAUCCAAACAGGCUGUAUAAUACAUUUACCUGUAGAUGGCUACACUUUGUGGUGUUGAAAUUAAGGGGAAAAAUUCCACAAACCUUACACCUACAGAGAGUGCAUGCAUAUAUGACGUGAAGUCAGGCUAGAUUAGUGUGCAUGCGUUCUUUCACUGCAUGAUUCAGUCUAUUAAAAUGCAUAACAAAAUUAAAAAUACGGGGCCUUUAUAUCAUUUCAUAUAAUUAAUAUAACAAAAUAGUGAAUUUUUUUCCUCAAAACAUCAGCAUGAUUAGCAUGAUUAGAUAUUGAUUUUAUACAAAGUUAACAGAUAAACAAGAAGUUAAUGUUAAGAGACUUACGUUUUGAGACAUUGUAUUACCUGUUAUUGCUCUAUUUAGCCAACAAAAUCAAUUCCAAACUGCAGAGCUCGAAAUUAACUUUUUUACUUGGUAGCACUGGUGUUCCCAACUUCAAAAAUUUUGCAAACAUUUAGGAGCACUCACCUAGAGCCCUAUGAAAUCUGUUUUAAUUUUUCCCAGAGUCCAUUUUAAUUUUUCUGGAUUACAUUAGUUUCUGUUUGAAAUUUUCUCAACUCCUUUUUAAUGGUUAAAUUUAAUUGUAUUAAUCAAAAAGCAUGUCUAAUUAAUUAAAAUCAUAACACUUAUACAUUUUCACAACAAUUUACUAAAAGUUAAACAAAAAUUACAUGUUUAGAGCCCUAUGAAAUGUUUUUAAUUGUAUCUAUUGUUACCUAAUUUUGUGUUUCAGCAUUUCUAAUUAUUUAAAUGCAUAAAACAACUUAAUUUUUUUUUUUUUCUUAAAAUACCCUUAUGAAAUGUUUUCCCCCCCUCUGAAAUUCUGUUGUGUAUUUACAAGUUUCUGGUUAUCAGAUGAAGAAAUAAAACAUUCUUUUUUUUUAAUUAUUGAAAAUUAAGUAAAAAAAAAUUUUGGUAAAUAAAGGGGAUUUACUAUUAAAAAUAGAACAUGGAAAAAAGUUGUGAUUAUUCCUUAAAAAAAUAAUGUUUGUUUAAUUUUAGUAGUAGUAGUAGUAGGCUAUGUACAUUCUGCUGAACAAUAGUAAAACAUUUCUGGCAAAUACUUGUCUUUAAAUUAA